AUGUUUGAGGUGGUUGCUAGAGCAACCACAGACGGGCUAACCGCAAAAAAAGUAGAAAUACCAGUAUUUCCAGGAUUUCGCUUUAUAUUUGACAUGUUCAUGCUUAAAAGCCUAUUUGGCAAGAUUUUUGGGAAGAAACUUUAUAUAAAUAGUUUUGAUAUUGCACAAAUACCGGUUGGACAACUUUAUCUUGUACGGCCAAGAUCGCCUAAAGGACGUCGAGAAUGCAUCUAUAAAGAUGCGGCAGCAAACAUAAAAAGAACGAUGACAGAAUAUCACUAUCAAUUAGUUAUACAAAGGGCGUAUGAUGAAGGAGAAGAGCAAAUUCUGAAUGAGGAUGAACAGGAGGAUGGUAUGGUGAAUUUUUUAGAGCUUAUGGAUGAAAAAAGUUUUUUAUUAGAUGAAUCAUUAAAAUUUCAUUCAUUUAUGAGGGAAAACUCGGUGGUUUAUGCAUGGAGUGAUUUAUCAGGGGAUGAGCAAGAUUUAUAUGAAUUUGUAUGUGAUUCUACGAUCCAAUCCAAUAUUUUGCAAGCAUUUGAAGAGGUUGCAUUACGAUGUAUGUUUGAAAGGAAGUAUAGAAGGUCACAUGAGGAAGCUACGAAUGAAGAUUUAAGUCAAUUCUUAACGCCAAAGUCAACAUUUUCUUCUUUUCGUAAUCCGACAUUAGUGCAAAGUCCAUUGAUUUCAUUAAAAGUUAAAGAUGAGCAAGAAAUAUGUCAUAAAGAAAAGGUAGAAGAAGUGGUAGAAGAUUCAACAAAAAUUAUAGUACAAGUAUCAGCUGAAUUGCAUUUAUUUGAUGCAGCAGACAAUGUUUUUAUACUACAGGAUAGUAAUGUUGUAGCAACUGUUUCAGAAAUAGAUACAUGGGAAUAUUGGUUGGAAAUAAAAGGAUCAGAAAGAACAUGGCUUGGGCAGCCUAUUCAUCCAGAUAUUAACCCGGUGUUUAAUUAUGAAUAUCUUUCAUUUAUUUGGAAUUAUUGUGAUAGUAGAUCACAAAUAUAUUCAUGGUUGCUUCGAUUUAGCGAUGCUGAAGUUGAAGAAAAGUUUCAAGAAGGAUUUAUGAUAGCAUUAUGGGAAAUGUUAAAUCAACAAAAAUGGAUUAAAAUAAAAGAUGAUGAGAAAGAAUAUAUUAUUGAUGUUUUUCAACAAGAUGUUAAUAUGGAGGAUGUGAAUAAUGAUGAUCCUGAAGAAGAUGAAGAAGAGGAUAUAGAUAGUAAAAGUGAUUUAUCUUUUUAUGAAAAUAUUUCAUUCAAAUUAAUUAUAUAUAUAGCUGAUAAUGUUUCUGAAGAUGAAGAAAAUUCAUUUUCAUCUAUGAGGGAGGAUAGCAAAGGAGAAAAUAGUCAAUUGGCCGUAGGAUAUAAGCAUGAUAGAUCAUUUGUAGUUCGUGGCAAUAAGAUAGGUGUUUUUCGUCAUAUGGAUGAUGAUCGACUAGAAUUCGUAGCUACCAUUGAUAAAGUUCAAACGCCAAAGGGAAAGCCAUUUCAGCCAUCUAAAAUUAUGCUCCAUAAUGAAGAUUCUGAAAUUAUAUUACAAAAUCCUAAUGAACCUCAUAAUUUAUAUCAAAUGGAUCUUGAAUAUGGAAAGGUUGUUGAUGAAUGGAAAAUUGAUGACAAUAUUUCAGUAUCAAAUUUUACACCAGAAACUAAAUUUGCUCAAAUGACUAGAGAAAAAACACUUAUAGGCAUUUCACAUAAUUCUCUUUUUAGAAUUGAUCCUAGAUUACCUAAAGAUAAGAUUGUUAAGAGUGAACAUAAACAAUAUGCUACUAAGAAUGAAUUUACUGUUGCUGCUACUACUGAAAAAGGCUUUAUAGCAGUUGCAUCUAAUAAAGGAGAUAUAAGGUUAUUUGAUAGAAUUGGUGUCAAUGCUAAGACUGCAUUACCAGCUCUUGGAGAGCCUAUAAUUGGAAUUGAUAUCUCUGCAGAUGGAAAAUGGAUUUUAGCUACUUGUAGGAGUUAUAUUUUACUUGUUGAUUGUACAAUAAAAGAAGGAAAAAAUCAAGGAAAACUCGGUUUUGAAAAAAGCUUUGAUAAAGAUACCAAACCAAAACCAAAAAGACUACAAUUAAACCCAGUACAUGUGGCAAUGAUGCAAGGACAAAUUAAUUUUACUCCUGCCAAAUUUAAUACAGGAAUGGGAGUUGAAGAAAAGACCAUUGUUACAAGUAGUGGUCCAUACGUUAUAUCAUGGGAACUUUCAAAAGUGGUGAAAGGUGAAACAGGAAAAUAUAAAAUAAGACAAUAUAUGGAUGAGGUUAAAGCCAACAAUUUCAAAUUUGGUACAGAUCAGAAUGUAAUUGUUGCUCUUCCACAUGAUGUAUCUAUGGUAAAUAAAUACACUUUCAAAAAGCCUAGUCGAAAAUCACUUUUACGAACACCUAUGAAAGAUUUACAAUCUCGUUCUAGUAUUGUCAAUUCACCAUAUUAA